AUGACCAGUCUCUUCAAAGUAAGCAAAGUAAGCGAAGUGAGAGAAGUAAGCGAAGUAAACGAAGUGAGAGAAGUAAGGGAAGUAAGGGAAGAAUCCGAGGCUUCAAACUUAUUAAAAAAAGUAGAAAAUAAUGAAAUCGACACCAACCUGUGGCAAACCGAUUACGAAGAAUCUGAUAUAAAAACAUGCGAAAGAAUACUUAAUGAAAUUAAGCCUACAGAACUAGAAAAAAGAGAUUUGAAUGAUAUUAAGAAUGAUUAUAAUAAUAGUAACAACAAAAGCGAAUUCAUUAAAAGCUUUCUAGAAACCUGGUUCAAGGAAAGAGCAGGAACGCUCAUAAAAAAGGACAGAAGCAUUACGAAAGAUGAAGUUAAACUUAAAAGGUUCAAGUUUCUUCUUUUAGAAGGAUAUAUUAUUAAUUGUAAUCCUGGUAAUAAAGAGUAUUUAAAAAAGUAUCGACAAAUAUGUUACCAAAGACUUGUCACGCUCCAUGAUUUACUCGGAAAUAAAAUCUUAGAACUUCCAAUGCCAACCACCUUUUUCGCAAAACAUAGUAG